CCCAGAGUGUGCGUGGGAAUUAAAGGGGAGGAUUUCUGGAGCUCUCAAGCAAUACAAGCAUCUCUUGCUAGAGAAAUUUGCAGUUAGGAUGGAAAACAUGGCCGGCUCUGCAGCUAGUGAAUCCAACGGAAACGAAGCAAAAUGCAAGGAGUCAAUCAUUGACAUUCCACUAAUUGAAGAACCUGCACGGUGGCCUGAGUGCUGCAUCUACAGGGUUCCCAACAAAAUUCGUAAGGUAAAGGAAGAAGCCUACACUCCUAAGUUAGUUUCAAUUGGCCCAUUUCAUCAUGAUCUAGAAGAAUUGAGGAGCAUGAAAAAGCAUAAACAUAUAUAUUUUAGGGAAUUCUGUUUGCGGACUAGGAAGAGCCAGAAGGAUCUUGCAAGCAUCAUUGAAGAAAAAGAAGAAGAAAUUCGCCAUUACUAUUCAGAGACCUUUGAACAGCUCGACAGAAAAAAGUUUGUGGAAAUAAUUCUAUUGGAUGCUAUCUUUAUCAUUGAGCUCUUCCUGAGGAAUUUUGAACGGAAAAAACAUGAUUAUAUAUUAAGUAACGCAUGGCUGGAAUCGCACAUAAAGCAAGACUUGAUAUUACUGGAGAAUCAACUGCCGUUUAAGUUUAUCAAAAAGUUGUAUAAGUCUGCCCUCAAUGGAGAAGAAGUUACUCCCUUUCUUGAGCUUGCUUGCCAGUUCUUCUUCUUGGGUAAGCACCGAAUACCCAUUGACGAGAAAGUAAAACAUUUUACUGAUUUGCACAGAACGUUUUACUAUCCUACGAACCCAAAACCUACUUUGGAAAACCGUAAAGAUCAUCUAAGAUAUACAGCCACAAAGCUUCACGAGGCAGGAUUGGGAUUCAAAGGAGUCGAUACCGAUUUUAGUAAGAGUUCCUUACUUGACAUAGAUUUCGCUAAGGAUAAGCGCUUGGAGCGCUAUCCAUGCUUCAAUCUCUCAUGGAUCUUCUCUUGCUUACCAUGCUUGAAAUCCCUUCGUUGCUCUGAGAGUGCGCAAUGUAUCUUGAAAGUCCCACGAAUUGUGAUAAACGACCAAACAGAAGCUCUUUUCCGAAACCUCAUGGCCCUGGAGCAAUGUCAUUAUCCAUCCAACACAUACAUCUGCAAUUAUGUUGUGUUAUUGGAUUAUCUUAUCACCACUAAAGAAGAUGUGCGUUUGCUAGUUGAAAAAAAGGUGAUUAUCAACAGGCGUGGAAGCAGCAAAGCAGUGACUACACUGAUCAAUACACUUUGCCAUCAGAUUGUUGAAGGUGAAUCCCGUUACCACGAUCUCCAUCAACGGCUCAAUGACCACUGUGUUAACUCAUGGAACCGUCUCCUGGCAACCUUGACAAGUGUGUAUUUCCGUGAUUUUUGGAGAGGCACUGGAACUCUUGUUGGACUCUUUCUCGUCGCUAUCGCUUUCUGGAACUUCCUGAGGCCUUUUGUCAUGUGAUUUAGUGUUUCUUGUAUUGCAUCUGAACUUUGUAACCCUUUUUAGCUUGUGAUAUGCUCUAGUCUUAAUUGGUUUUACCAAAUA